GUCUCCUCAGAACCCUCCUAGGGAUAGCACACGCAUAUAUUUUGUUAGUCCCAAGAUCCAGACCAACAAGUGCAUCAGCUCUUUCGUGUAUCCUGGCCAUAGGCACUUGCUGUCAAGAUGUCUGCCCCAGAUCAGGAUGCCACCACUGACCCUGGAGCCCCAGAUGGGGAUGAAGGACCACCAGCCCCAACCCCAAACCUCACCAGCAAUCGUCGCCUCCAACAGACGCAGGCCCAAGUGGAUGAGGUGGUGGAUAUCAUGCGUGUAAAUGUUGAAAAGGUAAUAGACAGGGACAAGAACCUGUCAGAGCUGGACAACCGGGCUGAUGCGCUGCACGAUGGAGCUAAGAUGUUUGAGAGCAGCGCUGCCAAGCUAAAGAACAAGUACUGGUGGAAAAACUGCAAGAUGAUGAUCAUCAUGGGAGUUGUUGUAGUCCUCCUGGUGGGCAUUGCUUUAAUGUACUUCUACCACUGACCUGUAAACAAGCAUGUGGCAAAUUCUACCACGAGUGCAAAUAAUUUAUGCAAUGUUCACCAAAGCUCAUACCUCUGUCUUUGUCCUAAAUGAUGCCUUUUAUCCAAAGUGCAGCACGUGUGUAGAUGUUUGUGUAAUGCCUCUCCAGUGCUUCCACAUUUCUGUCAAAAUACCAACCUGGGUGAUUUGCAACUGUUCUCACCUUCUCUUGCUUAUUCCUCCUCGUUUCUAUUGUUCUGAAACAUUCUAACUGCACAAAAAUGUAACUGGAAGACUAAGGAACCAUGAGAUAUAGAUGGAUAGAUGAAGAAUUAUAUGCAUUUAUGUAUGUAUGACCUAAGGCGUAUAUACUAUAAUGUGACAACCAUCAUUUGGAGACAGUGCUGAGUCUCCAGUAAUAAUCCCCUUUUCGUUUAUUAUUAAAUAUAAUAUCAUAUGAACAUCAUAUCAGACAUUGUGCAGUGAGGUUAUAAUAAAUCUUCUCACUGCAUAACGGCUCUGGAUGUGGGAGAUUCUGAAUCAGAAUUCUCUGGGUUACUUUCUGAAUGUUAGCCCAGCGAUUAGUGAACUAACUAAGUACUUUGAGAACUUUACCAUUAUAUAACUUUACAACUUUGUAAUAAUAUAGCAUUUCAACUAGUGCCACUAAAUAUUAGAAGAAUGAUAAUUAAGCUCUGGGAAGACUUGAAGAUUACAGUUAAAAUGGUAUGGUAUGUAAAUUAUUGCAUGUUUGAUGCCUCUAAAAACUGAGUUUAAGGAAAGGCCAUGUCACUGUACGUUCCGUAUAUAUGCAGUUACCUGUAUUAUUUAUUGCAAGCAGAUAUUGAUUGCUGAACUGUGUCUAAUGUCCACAUUUCAUAGGUGUUUAUUGUACUUACUUUGUUUAGUCAUCAGAGACUGAUUUGAAUAAAGUGAUGAAAAGCAGUUA